AUGCUAAUUGUAGGUUCUGUGGUGAUGUGGCUGUUUGCGGCGUUUCUUGCCGUUUGCGCAGCGGGCGCGGGCGCAAUGUGGUGCGGUGAGGCGCGCACGCGAUGCGCAUACCGCACGGGAUGUGGUGCUGCGCUGGGCAACUACAUGAUGAUGUGCGAGUCUCUUCUCACUGAGCCUGUGAAGCACUGUUCCAGAGAGUGCAGUAAUGCCCUCAUAGCGUUAACGUCUACAGAAGAGGGAAAAGAGCUUAUGAAUUGUGAAUGCGAGGACGAAUACUGCAUGGAAACGAAGCAACGCAUUGAUAUCUGUAGACCACAAGUAUUGAAUGGAACGGCAAAUGCAACUUCUUCGUGCAGCCUCUCACAACUCAUUUGCAUCGCUGAUGCGCAGUGUGCCACUGCGUUAGACUAUUACCAUAAGAAUUGCAAGUCCCUUUUCACACGCAGAGGAACAAAGUGCUCAAAUAGGUGUCGAAAUUCCAUUCAAAUUUUGAGGAAGCAAGAGAAAGCAGCAGCGUUGACUGCGUGUCAAUGUGAUGGAAAUGACUACAGAUGUUCAAGAACACAGGACAAUAUGGCGAGGUUUUGCUUCCAUAAGAUGAAAAAUCAUACAAAGAAUCACCCUCAUAUUAAGAAAAUGCCCGUUGAAAAAUACAAUGCAGCCAACAUCAACCACCUGUCUAUGAUAGUAACGAUGGUGUGCUUUUCUAUCCUCAGUUUUAUCACGUGA